GAAGAGGGUUAAAAAACUCAAAGUGCAUUUGGAUGACCCCGACGAAGCGAAGAAUGAAACGGUCCAAAAUAUUAGCAAGAUACAUACAGCCGUCACGUUUGAAUAGAUAAUGUCUCUCGUCACAACGUCGCGGUUUUAAAAAAAUUAUAAAAAUACUACUAGACCACAUGUCAAUGGCAUAAAACACCAACAAAAUAUAGAAGCCGGACUCCGUCACGAUGGAUACCGGCCAAGGUGCAUUAGCACCGGGGCAGGAGAUACGAAUCGUCAGUGCCUCGGUGGUAGCACAGCUACAAGCCCAAGGAUUACAGGGUAACGAACUGAACGCGGCAAUCAUGGCUGCUUCGCAGCCACAAAGUACGGCAUCGCAGCAUGUUCAGCAGCAGCUGCAACAACAGCAACAACAAGCGCAGCAACAACAGCAAGCCCAGCAACAACAGCAAGCGCAGCAACAACAGCAAGCCCAGCAACAAGCGCACCAGCAGGCACAGCAGCACGCAGCCGCCCAGCAACAUGCUGCUCAGCAGCAAGCGGUUGCUCAGCAACAGCAUGCCCAGCAACAGGCGCAACUUCAAGCACAAAUACAACAGGUUUCAGCGCAAGGACAACCUCAGGUCAUUACUUUGCAGCAACUACAAAACUUUCUGCCUCAACAUCAGCUGAAUGCUCUGACCGCGCCGGACGGAACGCCGGUCCAAGUGUCGGCAGGAUCGGCCAACACGCCGGUGGGCACACCGGUCAAAACAUUCGUUACCUCUCCGCCGCAAAUGCAGCAACCGCAGAUUGUCAACCUCCAAGGCAUUCCUCAGCAAUUUCUGCAGGGUAGUGGUGGCCAGUUGAUACAGAACCCGAACGGGCUCUUCCAAAUGCUCCAACCGGUACAGACGAUAAAUCUCGAUGGCCAGGAAGCGCUAUUCGUUCCAGGAGGGUUGCAGCAGAAUCAGCAGCUCGCUGCCGCCGGUGCCCAGGCCGUACAGAUCAACGGCCAGCCCGCGUUCAUCACAUCUUCCGGGCAGAUCAUUCGCGCACCGAACGGCGGAGUGAUGCCGGCGAACUUUCUGCAAAACAUGACACAGGCCGUGCAACUACCGAACGCUGGUCAAGCUACGCUUACCAUUCCGGGCACUGGGCUAACAAUACCCCUGGGGACGGCUCAAACCGCUAACGUACUACAGCAGCAGCAGCAGCAACAACAACAACAACAACAACAGCAGCAAGCGCAGCAACAACAGCAAGCCCAGCAACAAGCACAACAACAGAUUCAACAACAACAAAAUACAGGAGCAAUGGGAGAACGGGAACAAUCUCAGCAACAAUCUCAGCAGCAGAUUGUGCAGCAGCAAUACGUUGCACAACAGGCUGCCGCAGCACAGCAGCAGCUUCAACAACAGUUACAGCAGACGAUGAUAACGAUUCCUGGCACGAAUAUACAAGUUCCGGCGUCGACGGUGGCGGCCCAAAAUCUAAUACCUAACAACAUAACCACGAUCAAACUGGAAGGAGGACAAAAUGUGCAAGUUCGUCCAGCGGGCACCACCCUGCCGCAAGUGCUGCAGUUCCCGAUGCAGCAAACCAUUCCGGUUCAGGUGCCCAUAUCGACCCCAAACGGUCAAACCGUCUACCAAACGUUGCACAUGCCGGUGCAAACGUUUGGUUCGGUCAUGCAACCGCAGAUGCAGGUCAUACCGCAAAUACCACAAGUGGCCAGCAUUCUGACACCCAGUGGGCAGAUACAGCAAAUACAGCUGACGUCGCUAAACCCACUCGCGGGCUUACAGACCGCUUCCAUGCAUCCCAACAUCAUUCUACAGCAGUCGGCACAGACCGCCGGUCAACCGAUGUCUAACGGUGCAACCGGCGGACCGAUGGUGGUUGGAGCGGCCGCCUCAGCGGCUCAAGAUCCAAACGGAGCCCACCAGCAGCAGCAGCAGCAGCAGCAGCAGCAGCAGCAACAACAACAACAACAACAACAACAACAGCAACAACACCAGCAAGCUGUGGCCGCCCAGCUGGCGGUGGCCACCGCAGCAGCAGCCGCAUCGGGAAACUCUGGAGCGACGAUAGGAGCCGCAGGCCACCACCAACAGGGGCAGCAGCAGCAACAGCAGCAAACUGCUGGCCAACCAGGACCUCAGCCCAUAACAAUCGCAGGGGCGCCAGCGGGGCAGCAGAUAACCGUUCUACCGCAGGGCUCUCUGCAGCACCUCCGCCAGAUGCCCGGAAUCGCGGGAUUGCAGGCGAUCCCAGUGCAAAACAUUCCCGGCAUCGGGAACAUCCAAGUGAUACCGACAAAUUUCAUGCAACCGGUUCAACCGCAAACAGCAGCGCCGCAGCCUCAGUUGAACCCGGUAGUAACUCAAGCAGGGUCGCAGCAGCCACAGCAGCAGCAACAGCAGCAGGCUAUGGCAGCGGCAGCCCUACAGCAGGCAACGGCGCAUCCACUAUCAAGUAUAAAGCAGGAACCAAGCGAACCCGCUAAGUGCUUUAUCAAGCAGGAAAACAACAACGGCACGAACAACAACGCUCCCAUUCCCAUCCAGCCCACCCCGGUGGCUGCGACGAAUGUUGGCAGAACUAGUAGUCCCCCUCCUGCGCAGAUAGUGACGACGGUCGGUGGCGGCGGAGGAUCGACCACUACCACCACCACAACCACGACAACGACGCACCACCGAAAGGGCGGCGGUGGCGAGAUUGUCAGCACUCCGAACCAGACAUCGGUCAACGUAAAUAUCAGUGUCGGCGGCGAAAGUGUUGCGCCGCCGGUCAUUGUGCGGCGGAAGCACGUUUCCUCCCUGACACCCAUCCUGCCGAAUACCAAUAAUAACAACAACAAUGGCAACGCGGCGCGGCAGCGAAUCCGACGGGUGGCUUGCACCUGCCCGAACUGCGAGCUGAAGGGAGAGGGUCCGGCGGAUCGAAAGAAGCAACACAUCUGCCACGUCAGUGGCUGCAACAAGGUGUACGGGAAGACGUCGCACCUCCGGGCACACCUCCGCUGGCAUACCGGCGAGCGGCCGUUCGUGUGCCACUGGCCGUACUGCGGGAAGCGCUUCACGCGCUCGGAUGAACUCCAGCGCCACCGGCGGACACACACCGGUGAGAAGCGGUUCGAGUGCAUCGAGUGCAACAAAAAGUUCAUGCGCAGCGACCACCUCUCGAAGCACAUACGGACCCACAGCAAGCUGAAAAAGGACGGUUUGGAGCGGUACGGCUAUGAGGAUGGUGAGGAUGAAAAGGCUACCGAAGACGAAACGAAUGGUGACGAAGAUCAGGACGAAGAUGAAGUGAUGGACGGCUUCAUAUUGGAGAACGACGAACAGUGUCAAGAUGCCCCGAUUCCGGCUGAUUCGUCUUGUACAGUGGUGGAACUGAAGGAAAUCGGAUCGAAUAUGUCGGCCUCAUCCGAUAGCAACGAUAGCUCGGACGAGAAAAUGAUGAUCACUAUCAGUCCCGACGACACCGAACAGCAACAGGCCAUAGAGUCCAAUUAGUGGUGUAAAACGUGACGGGAACACGCAUCGUGCAUUGUUAUGGUGCCACCGCAGGCCAUGCAAACGGUCGAUCGAUUUCAUUCGGACUACGUACGCUCCUGUCGAUUCUCUUUUGCCGAUCGCCGUACGAAUAGUCGUCAUUGGUGUUUACGACCACGAUGUCGACCAUAAUUAGAAUAUGCCGUUUACGGAGUACCCGAUCGUACAGUUUAUGUCUAUCUAAUCGAAUUGACCUCUGCAUCUCUCAAGGUGUUGCAGUGCGUUACGCCAUUCAAGUGCAACGAAUCAACGUUUUACGAAUGGAUUAAAACAAGAGGCAGGUUUGUGGGUAUACUUUCGAUUGAAAGUAAACGAUCGUGCCUCACGGUUUUAGAUUAUUUAUAAAAAAGGAAAGGAUUAGUGCGCGAGCGAAUCGGUGCCUGCACAUACUUGGUUUAUGUUUGAAUCGGCAAGCUUUGCAUAGGUAAAAUUUGUUGAAUUUGACUAGCAGAUGGUUUCUUUCUUUUUACGUUCAUCUAGCUGAAAUAGAACGAGCAGCACGCGGGCAGAGAGUGGUCGUGCUUGAUUUGUAUAAUUUAAUGCACCACUGUGAAUACUUCAUUCGCAUUUCGGUGACCAUACAUCUGUUUGAAGCUUCUGUACACACUGCUGCCGUUAGCAUCGGAAACGACGGAUAUUUUUUAAGCCAAAUCUUGAAAUGCUUUCGUACUGAGCGGAAUAGGUUAAACUCGUAACAUCUUUUAAGAAUAUUCGACUUACCUUCCAAAAAGCGUGCCGAUAUGGUCGUUCGCAAGCGUCACGAAUUCGACGGAAAAUUGAACUGAAAAUCCUUUAAACUCAAUGAUAACUAGGUUUAGCAAGCUGUACGUUCGGCCACCCGCAGAUUCUAUCAACCGCCAAUGUCCGACGGGGUGUUUCUAAGUCACAGACAGUUCUUGCAAGCGCACGUUUUAAGACGGUUUUCUCUAUACAAGAAGAAAUUACGAUCGUCAUAUCAAACUGUUCAUCUUUGAUCUGUUUAGAGGCCAACUGGGCGCAGAGAGAUGGAACGGCUUGCUGAACGCCUCAAUAUCGAGUUUUAUAAGAAGACAAAACAAUUGCAAAAUAAUUCAUGUUCCAUUACCGAUCCGGAUCGUCGAUGAGAAAAGAAUUGUUUUAGAACGUUCCGUAUGCCCCUGUUAGUAAUUUCUUCUGUACACAGCAGCUAGCGAAGCGUGUUUCUGUAAUUAAUACUGUACAUAUUGAUGAAAUGGCAGCAGCAGCGAAAGAAAGGCGCGCCGCGAACGGGUAGCAAAUGUUAAGGUCAUUAAUAAAAUUCAACGUGCUAAAAAUG